CGCCCUGGACGCGCAUGGAGUCGGGGCCGCGCACGCAGCUGGUCCCUCCUUCCCUGGACUCCUGGCCCAGAUUUACUAAACAAAGGCUGCAGUGUGAGGUGCAGUGCAACAUGGAGAAGUCACCUUGUUCGGUGGAGAUCAAGAACCUGGACCAAAUGUCUGGAAGGAUCCUAAACCUUACAAUGGAGAUAAUCGGCCUCCUGACUGGAGAGGAAUAUACCGUGGUAAAGAAAUCUAGUGACAUCUUGAGUAACAUGACAGACAUCAUGGAUGCUCCACCUUCUUCACAUGAAAGAGACCAUGACAAAAAGAUCCUAGAACUCACAUACAAGAUAAUUCAGCUGCUGACUGGAGAGGUCCCUCUGAAGAGCGGAGAUAUAGCUGUGUACUUUACUACAGAUGAGUGGGAAUAUUAUAAAAAGCAUGAAGAUUUUUAUAAUAGCCCAGCAAUAGUAUCGGCCAGAACCCUCCGAUUACAGCGUCGCGUAGCUCUCAGGCCUACAACUCCUACUCAACCACAACCACCAAUGGUGAAAAUGAGAAAGAAGCGAAAAUAUGUAAGGAGAAAGGCCAAGGCCUCAACGUCCCGUAGAAAGUUGAGUGAACAAGAUGAAGAUUGGCAAAUGCAGGAAGAGUAUGCAUCUGACCCUAAUGCUAGCCUCAUGAUGGCAAAUAGUGAGGAUGAUGAUGAUGAUGAAAGUUUUGACAGCUUAUUUGUCGUUAAGUGUAGAGAGUGUGCACAGGACUGCCUGAUCAUUCGAAACCACAUACUGUAUGAACCGAUGCAGGACUUGGACAACAUAGUCGAUUACAAAACAGACAGUAGCAUAUCACAUGCUAGUUCUCAGUGGGCCUGA